GGGCGGCCGGGCAGACGCAGGCUGAGAGCGAUGUGGCGGCUGUGGGUGCUGCUGCUGGCGGCGGGGGCCCUGCGAGUCCCACCCGGCAAGGAGACGGCGCGGAUGGCGCGCUUCGUGGUACACGCCUGCGACUGGGGCGCGCUGGCCACCAUCUCCACGCAGGAGCCGCCGGUGCGGGGCCAGCCCUUCGCCAACGUCUUCUCCAUCAGCGACGGAGAGGUGUCCAACGGCACCGGGGUGCCCUACAUGUACCUGACCGCGCUGGAUAUCUCGGUGAAGGACCUGCUGGUCAAUGGAAAUGCCUCCUUAACACUGUCCCUGGCACAGACUUCCUAUUGCAAGGAUAAGGGCUAUGAUCCUCAGGAUCCCCUGUGUGCUCAUGUGAUCUUCAAUGGAGUAGUUGAGAAGGUGACUGGAGCAGAAGCAGACUUUGCAAAGAUGGCGCUGUUCAGUAGACAUCCUGAAAUGAAUGACUGGCCUGUUGAUCACCACUGGUUCUUUGCCAAACUCAGCAUUUCCAACAUCUGGGUCCUGAGCCAUUUUGGGGGAAUUGAAACUGUGACCCCUAAAGACUAUUUUAAUGCCACCCCUUGGUGAGGAAGACUUGUGGAUGAAUGGAGUAUCUGCUCAACAGCUUAGCGUUUUGCAACCAGAAACACAAACUCUGGUGCAGUGGAGAUAAUUCUAUGGAAUGCCUUAAUUGUACAGUCUUUUCAAGUCCCUGAUGGCAUUGUUUAUAACAUGCACAGUUUAUGCAACUAAGCUGUUCCAAUCUAGGAUCUGCACACUGAGAGAAUCCAAUUUUGUGCACAAAGUAUUUAGAGCAGUACAAUGUGCAUAAUUUAUUUUGCUUUCACUUUAACCAACUUAUGUGAAAAAUGUCAGGGCCUUUCCCCACUUUGGAAGCAAAAACAAAGAAAAAUAUUAAAGGGAAUGGACGAGAAAUCAGAAAAAAUCAAAUUUAAUGUGAAUUUUCAACAUUGUGGUCUUUAUCCAUGGAUAUAUUAUUGUGCUGCAAUCCUAAGAACACUUUUCUGGUUGUAAGCUCCAUUGAACAGAUCUGAGUAGGAUUUGGAGAAGACCUAUUUAGGUUUGCUUUCUGCCUGUAACAGUAAAUGGUGCCUCUGUUGGGUGGAAAUCUCUGUAUAUGCAUGAACCAAACAGAUGUAAAGCAGAGCGUGAAUUUAGUCUAAUCAUUUGCACAAAUGGAUUAUUUGUGUUGUCACAAUUGGCCAGUCCUACCAUCUAUUAGGGGAUGUGCCCUCAGCCUUGAUCCAUUUUGUGUGUGCGCAUACUCUCUGCCAGAAAGACAAUCUGCAUUUGGAAACUAGACAUUGCAGGGCAGUACUAUUUCUAUGUGUGUAAACCUAGAACUGUCCCAAUCACAUGGGAAAGGGAGGGGAUGUUAAAGCUUUUUAGCAGCAAAAAGGCCAUGUAGAUGAGUGGAACUGAAUUCACUUCCUGCCCUUUGCUUGCCUUCCCAUGCCCCUUUUCUCCAGCACAUCUAGCCUAGUCAAGCUCAACUGGUAUCUGAGCUUGGCUGAAGAGAAAAGCAGGGAGUUGAGCUGUAGGGAAGGUUCCAUGUUCCCUUGUGCAUUUUUUUGAUGUUGUAAACAAACUAUCCACACCCCUUCAUGAUUUGAGUAAAUUCUAUGUUUACCAACGCCUACUCUCAUGAGUGUUGGUUUGAUCCAACGUGAAAAAUACCUGCUGAACUGGGUGCGUCUUUGCCCCUUGGUAAUCACUCAUGUCUGUAACCUCUGUAGACCAACUUUGAAUUUGCCUGGUGUCGAUUCCAUAUUGGCGAGUAGUUUUAACAUCUGAAUUGUCCUUAAGUCUGACCUUCCUCUAUGUUCUGAAGAGAAGACUAUGUGGUGGUGGUGUAAAAGAUGACAAAUGAGGAGUACUUGGCCGAGUGUGGUCUGUCAAUGCUGGCCAGAUUUGCCCUCAUGUAGCGACUGAAGUGGUCUACAAAACACUGUUAUGAGGGAAUUAAACAUUAGUGCCAAUUGGCUGCAAUGCAGGUGACUCUCUGCACCAUGACUGCAGCAGUCUCCAUGAGGUGAUCUUCAACAGCAAAUCACCCUGGUGUGGAAGCAGCCCUUUAGUAGAAAGUGAGCAGUAUUUUGUCUUCACUACAUCACACUUCCCUAAAGCAAAUACCAAAGCAAAUGAACUCUUGCAAGCAGCAUCAUUUUGGAGUGGACUGAACAAUAAAUCAUGUAAUAUAAAUCUUGA